UUGCAGCAGUUAGUUCAUACUUUCGGUUUCAGAUUCGGACCUUGUAUGGAGUUUCACGCACAGAAUUCUCAUCUCUCUUGUAUAGUUACUUAUUUUAAACGAUAAUAUAUUGAAUAAAUGUGACGGCGACACUAAACACAUCGAUUCUUGAAAUAUCUUGAGAGUUUCAGUAGGUAUUCAGUGCUGGGGAUGAAGGAUAAGAUGGCCGUUCCUCUGUUCGCCGUGUUGGCGCUGUGUGUGGACGUGUUCACAGUGAUGUGUAUUGCUGCCAUCCAGCUAUCCCCGUCCUUCACCAGUAACGCGUUCGUCACGCUGUGGGCCGGCGGACUGGCCCGAACCGCUCUCCUCCUCUUCGUGUCCUUCUCCUACCCCGGCAGCCCGGCGUGGAUGAGAGGAUUGGAGGGCGUUCAGACGGCUGUGGUUCACGGCCUCCUCUACCCGGUGUACAUCUCGUUUCUCUGGGCUUGUGGGAGGUCUACUGUGGAGCUGCUGUGGGGAUGGCACACCUGGCAAGGGCUUCUGCAGGGGUAUUUGGUGUUGGCGUUGUCUCUGUUGCUGUGGAAGCGCCAUGUACCCUCUCUCCUUCCAACAACCAAAGAGCAGAAAACACAGCCGAAGGGCAAGGCGUCGCUGCAAAGGCUUCUGGGAUACAUGAAGCCCUUCAGUGGACGCUUCGCAGCCGUCUUCUUCUUUGUGGUUAUAUCUUCUUUAGGUGAAAUGGCGAUUCCUCACUACACCGGUAAAAUGACAGACUGGAUCAUGAAUGAAGACGAGCCCGAGGCCUUUAACCACGCCAUCACUGUCAUGACCCUGAUGACCAUCAUGAGCGCCGUGUGUGAGUUUGUGUGUGACCUCAUCUACAACAUCACCAUGAGCCGAAUACACACGUCCAUCCAAGCACUCGUCUUCCAGUCGGUGCUGAAGCAAGAUAUCGCGUUCUUCGAUAAAGCUUCCACAGGUGACAUCGUGUCCCGCAUCACCACCGACACCAACACCAUGAGCGAGUCUCUGAGUGAGAAGCUGAGUCUGCUCAUGUGGUACUUCAUGCGCAUCAUCUUCCUCUUCGGCUCCAUGGUGUUGCUCUCCGUCAGACUGUCCGUCUUCACCGCUCUCGGCCUCCCCAUCAUCUGGAUCAUCCCAGAAUUCUCCGGCCGGUUCUAUCAGAAACUUUCUGCACAAGUGCAAGAAUCUCUGGCGAAAGCCAACGACGUUGCGACGGAAACGUUCUCCUCCAUGAAGACGGUCCGGAGCUUUGCUAACGAGGACGGAGAAACCGAGAGGUACAAGAAGUGUUUGGAAGGCACUUACGCCCUGAACAAAGUGGAAGCCGCUGCUUACGCCGCCUCAACGUGGACCAAUAGUAUGUCCAGUCUGGCUUUGAAAGUCAGUAUACUGUACUAUGGAGGACGGCUCGUGACAGGAAGUGAUGUCAGUAGCGGUGAUUUGGUGUCGUUCGUGCUGUAUGAGCUUCAGUUCACUUCAGCUGUGGAGGUGCUGAUGUCCUACUGGCCGCAUGUAAAGAAGGCGGUCGGCGCUUCAGAAAAGAUCUUCGAGUAUGUGGACCGAAAGCCGGAUGUUCCUCCAGACGGGUCUCUCGCCCCUCCAACUCUGAAAGGACACGUGUGCUUCAGAAAUAUCACCUUUGCUUAUCCGAAUCGACCGGACACUGAUGUGCUGAAGAGCGUCUCUCUCGAGCUGAAGCCGGGCCAGAUCACGGCUCUAGUGGGUCCGUCAGGUUCUGGAAAAACCACUAUUGUGAGUUUGCUGGAGAGAUUCUACCAGCCUCAAAAUGGGCAGAUCUUAUUGGACCAGAAGCCACUGUUGAGCUACAAGGACAAAUAUCUGCAUGAGAAGAUCAGUGUGGUGUCACAGGAGCCGGUUCUGUUCGCUCGGUCCGUGCUGGAAAACAUCAGAUACGGCAAAGAAGACGCCUCGGAUGAAGACGUACGCGCUGCUGCCAAGCUGGCCAAUGCAGAUGACUUCAUUUCUAGUUUACCUAAAGGAUAUGACACGGAUGCUGGAGAGAAGGGCGGCCAGGUUUCCGGAGGACAGAAGCAGCGCAUCGCCAUCGCCAGAGCUCUGAUUCAGAGACCGCAGGUUCUGGUUCUGGAUGACGCCACCAGCUCGCUGGACACUGAGAGCGAACACAGGGUGUACAGCGCUCUGAGGAAGGAGCUGAAGAGCUGCACGGUUCUGCUCAUCACACACAGACUGAGCGGCGUGGAGAACGCAGAUCACAUCGUCUUCCUCCGAGAAGGAGAAGUGGUGGAGGAGGGAAACCAUCAGCAACUGCUGGCCAAACAAGGAUACUACGCAGAGUUCGCCAAACAACAGAAUACAGCAAUCCAUCGCAACAACGCAGAAAACGUUACAAGCACCGACCAAUGAUCGUCUGCAUCAGCUAUCAUGUGAUAUCAGCACAAAUUAGAUCACACGCUUUUGCAUUUUUUUCUCCAUUAGUACUAGCAGAGAAUGUCUAAUAAGGGGAGAUCUUUCACUCUCAGUAAACUUCCGGCUUCUGAACUGGUUGCAGUUUCACUCCGGCUCCACAUGAGGGCGCUCACAGGACGAGUGCAGAAUCCACUUUUCUCAGGAUAUAAUUUUUUGUCUAGUAAUUUGAAUGUUGUAUCGCCCCCAGUGGAACUCUGGUGGAACUGCAACCAAAAUUCGGUGCAAUUGUACUUAGGGAGUAGCUAGGCUUUCCGUGGACGGGCUCUGGUUUAGUACUUAUUUCUCAGCUGUUUAUUUAUGUAAAUUCUGCUAGUGUUUUUAAAUUAGGUGUAAAUAUCACAAAAACGCGAGAAAAGAUAUGGGUGAAUAUCACUAAAAUAUGUCCAGGUUUUGUUUCACCCCCAAAUCCAUUAUUUUGGAAAUAUAGAAAAUGUAUUUUAACCCAUUUUUAGAAUUUUAUUGUGACUUAUUUUUCCCAAUUGAAACAAAAUGCAUAAUGUGCACACAAAACUAACUACUGCACACAUAUUAUAUUUCAUAGUGUUCACAAGAGUAUCCUUUGGAUAUGUAUUAUAUUUCCAGUCCAUUAUGUAAUGCAUAGUUAAAUUGCACAGAUAUGUGUUGUAAGUUGCACUAAACCAUUUUUUUUUAAAUUAGUUUACAUGAUUUACAUCAGGAUACCCUAAAUUUAAAUGGUUAUUUUAAAUGUAAAGCUAGUAAAUCGCUUUUUAAACAAUUUCCCAGCGCUCAAACCAUAUUUGUUUUUACACUUUUUGUUCUGAAUUUUUUUUCUUGGCUAUAUAAAUGAUAGAGUUAUGCAAAGCAGUUCUCCCCCUGUGGUUGAUAUAUGUUCAUGUUUUAAAUAAACAUAUAUUGAUUUUUAACUUUCA